AUGAAAUCAAGGCUUUAGGAAGAGGAAAGCAUGGUGGAAGUCUUGGCUUAAAUUACAGCCCAUUUACAAACUGAAUAGGUUGAACACAUUUAAGAAUUGUUGAAUAGAUUGAGAGAUGCAGUCUUAAACAGUUUAGCAAUUGAUGAAGAGAAGGAAUAAGAAAAUAUUAGAUUAUACAAUAAGUUGAGUGGAGAAAUCAGAAGUUCAUUGGCUUAAAGUACUAGAUCAUUUUAAGAAUUGGAAGCUCAUUUUGAUUAAAAGGAAUUUGAAUUGAAUUCUAAGAAAUUGGCAGUCCGUGAAGUAGGAGAGACAUUGUAAGACAGAAACGAUUAGAGAUAGUUUAUAUUGGAUAGAGUCUAAGAGGCAUAAAAAUUAUUGAAUGAUAAUUUGGAUAGAAUUGCAAGAUGGUCAGUUGAAAGCGAAUGAACAUGAAUUUGGAAAUUUUAAUAAUUUUUAAUUUAAUAAAA